UAAGGCAUGUGAUCUCCUAGACGGCUUCUGAUUUACAUAAACACAGGUCUUAGCUAUAUCAUAGAGAGAUAAAUAGAUGACGGUUGAUUCAGUGGUAACUUCUCAGAGUUGCCUUCGAACGCAGCAUUUGUUUCGUUCGUCACGUCCUGUCGAACAUGGCUGCGACCUUGUGUGUAAAACUACUACAGAAACAGGGAUGGCUUCCCCUCGCACAGAGUGUCCGACACGGCUCAAAGGCGGUGACUCGCCACAGGAAACCGAUGCACAUCCUCAAACAGAAGAUAAUGGCUGUUACCAAGUACAUUCCUCCCCCUCGGGCCGCUCCUCCGGGCGCCUAUCCGUCCCCGACCCGGCGAGUCCAGGAGGAUAAUGGUUUGGUAAAACUCAUGAAGAGGGAUUUGAAGAACCUGUUCCAGGAUUGUAAGAUGCUCGCUGUGGUCCAGGACAACGCCAGCAACGCUGAAGAAAUGGUUAUUCUGAAGCACAGACUCUAUAAACAUGGCAUCACUGUCAGGGUCUACCCCAACAGGGUGAUGCACUCGUUCCUCAGUGACACCGUCUAUCGUAACAUGGCUCCUCUGUUCAUCGGACCCACUGUGAUGUUUGUGAGCAAAGAGCCAAAGGUGACGCCAAUGCUGACGACUCUCCGGUCAAGCCCACACGUGACCCUCCUGGGAGCCUGUAUAGACAACACGCUGCUUAGUGCCGAGGGUGUGUUGAACUACUCCAAACUGCCUUCAGUGACGGUUGUCCAGGGCGAGCUGGUGAGCGGGCUGACGAUGCUGACCUCCAGCACCGCUGCCACGCUGCAGCGCCACCCGGCCCACCUGUCGGCCCUGCUGCAGCAGUACAUCACACAGCAGACAGCGGGUCCAGACAGCAGCGCGGAGGAGGCUACGUAGAGCUACGCAGGACACGCUGAGACUGUUUGCCUUGCAUAUGAGCAGAUGCUCAUUAAAACGCAGUUGUUUGGUCCCUGAGGUUUGCAUUCGCCUGGUGGAGCCCUGUGGCUCAUGUGGCUGUGAGUGAAGGCGUGUGCAGGACUGGUUUCAGUGCAUCUCGGCAGGACUCAUGGACCGACAGUGCUACAUGAGCAUUGGUGUCACCAAAAAAAGUUCCUUUUAUGUUAUUUAAGGAUAUUGUCACAGUUAAAAAAUAAAUGUCAACUGGGUCUCUU